AUGCCGGCCAAGUCUGUGAUCUUCAUGGAUUUGGUGAAGUUCGAUGGGCAACGACGUCGUGUACUGAAUGCGGGCGAGUUUAUGCAGAUGGCAGGACGAGCUGGCCGCCGUGGGAAGGACCCCCAAGGCCAUGUCUACGUGAUGCUACACAGCUCUGAGAUCAUGGAGGAGCGUGCAGAACUGGUCCUCGAAGGCUUGUACUCCUCUGGAGCACCCCAGGUGUCCAGUUGCUUCCGCCUUCGCUGGUCGUCCUUGCUCCAUCUCAUCUCCACCGGGCCGGCGCAUCUGUACUCAAUGCUGACGCAGAGUUUGCUCUCCUAUACAGAUCCCUUGGCGGCUGAGGAGCUCAAGGAUGAGGCUGCGCGGAGAACCCGAGCUUUGCAGGCCAUGAACUUCGUGGACUCCUCGUGUUCGGCCCUUCCGAAAGGUACUCUUGCCUGCCACUUCUUCGUGCCAGACGACGGUUUGCUGAUGUCCGAAGUUGUGCUGGCUCUCCGUGGCUUCACCGGGCUCACCGCAGCCCAGAUCUUUGCCGUCUGCGCGUGCUUUGUUGCAGAGGGGCGGCAUCCGGACAAUUGGGAGCGGUAUGUUUCGGAUGCGAAGGUAAGAGAGGCCAUCAUGACCUGCAAAUGGGUGGCCCAAAAAAUGGCCUGCCGACUCCACAGCUUUUCGCUGCCAUGUUUCGAGCGAUGUGAUUGGCCAACGUGUGGGUUUUGCACCGGCGUGGCCUUUGCCGCUGCCCGCGUGAACCCAAGCUUCGUAGAAACUGCGUAUCGCUGGGCCCGCGGUGACGAUUUCACCCAAGCCGUGCUUCAGAGCCGGGUGCCGGUAGGCGGCGAGGGGAUCGUUGUCCGAACCCUUCGUCGGCUCGACGAGCUGAUGAGGGAGGUAAGCUUCGUCCUGCGCCACGACUUGGGCGCUGUGGAAGUCGCGGAUGCCAUCCAAGCGGUCCGGCUCCGAGCUCGCAGGGGUGUCGUCGCCAUGCAGUCUGCCUACCUGGGAGAGCAAGAAGACAACAUCGGCGAGGAGCUCGAGCCCGAGCCACCCUUUCCACAGGCGCUGCUGCCUUUGGGUCCAGGACACUUGGACCCUUUGGACGUCGGCUUUAGCCAAGAAUGCUGCUCGGCAAAGUUCCGAAGGCCGAUCGCAACAAGCUCAGGGGCUGCUGCAUCCAUCCUCGACAUGGUGAGGGCGCUCGUUGAAGGUGAGCUGGACGUCUCCCAGUUCAGGCUCGAGGUCUACUGGUUUCGGCACCGCUUCUACUCUCUGGGAAAUCGUCGCCUUGCCGCGUUCCGGCUCUGGAGGCUUCUGGUUGGGACUCCGUUCACGAUACCGGUCAUUGUGGUGGACAAGUCCAGGGCCGUAAGCCGGCAGUGGCUGACAAAGUUCACAACAGGCUUCACUGGCGGGCGAAAGAUCAGAGUCACCCGAACCAGUGAGUACAUUGGCAUGAGCCGCCAGCAAUCUACUCAUGGCCGGCCUUUGUGGGAGACGUGA